CCAGUUGUUAACGAAGCGCAACAUCUGUUUCCAUGCUCUCCAUCUGGCGAACCGGCUCCUUUUCUCCUCUAAUGGACUCCAGAAGCACCCGAUCGUCCUCUUCCUUUAGUCUUGAUCGCUUCUCCAUAAACCCCACCUGAUCUUCUCACAAUUUUCUGAUUCUCUCUUUAGAAUCUGCGAAGCCAUAUAGAACAGGGCAUCGAAAUGACGACCCUGGAUGACCUCCUCGCCGAGGAUGGAUUCGAGAGGGGGAGAAGUAAGCCGAAGUCGUGGCCGAGGGGCGGUAUCGACGGGUCGAGUACUACGAGCUUGUCUAGCUUGCUUCUUGGUUCUCCUGUCUCCGAAGUCCGGCCUGCGAGGACGAGGUUGGAUGUUAACUGUCGGAGAUCUCUUUCGGCGGCGUCGGAGAAAGUCGGGCCGAAACAGCCCAUGCAGAACAAUGGCGCAGGUUUCGGGCGUUUGCUUGAACCCAAUGGUAGGACAUUUAGCUUUUGUAAUGCACUUGAGAAAGUCGAUGGGAGCCCUGGCAAUAGUCAUCGGAGUUCGUCGACUAUCGAGGCUUCUAAUGUGGAUUGCAAAGCGUCCAUGGUUCUGGAGUCGAAACUGAGAUAUAAUAGGUUUUUGAGGAAUAACCUGUAUGAGAAUGAGGAGCCGAAAAGUACGAAGGCCCAAAUUUCUCAGGCGAAGCCUAGUUGUGUUAAGGAUGCUAGGUUUGGCUGUCCCAUGCCUGCACUGGACAACGCUACGCGGAAAGCAAUGGCUUCAAUGUUAAGCAGUUGCGUUAAUCAAAUCCUUAAUGAUGAAAAUUUACGGUCAUCUUUGCAUCAAGCUUGUGUUUCUUCACUGAAAUCGACCUGGGUGCAGUAUAGACAGUCUAAGGAAAAUGGGGUGAUAUCUGUUCUUGUAGAAGCAAUUGAAGCAGUAGAAAAAAUAAUAGCUCAGGGUCCUAAUCAAUUUGAACUGAAGAAAGCUUUUGUUAUGCUGAGCGUUAUCUGCGGCUUGAAGUCUAUGGAAUCGGAUAAUGAACAUGCCUCUGGGAUCCCAAGCUCACAUCUUGCUGCUUGUGGCCAUCUCUAUCUCAGCAUUCUUUACAAGAUUCAGAAGAAGGAUAAUAUUUCUGCAAUGCAUCUUCUGCAGGUUUUCUGUGAUUCUCCAUACCAUGCUAGAAAAACUCUGCUCCCAGAACUCUGGAACCACCUGUUCUCAUCAAAUGUUUCUCAUUUGAAGGCAUGGUAUGAGAAAGAAGAAAUAUCUAUUCCAGUAACAUCUGGUGUGAUGAUGAAGGCUGAGUUUAUGGAGAAAGUUUAUAAUGAUGUUGUGGAUAUGGUUACCUCUCAAUUUGCAGCUUACUACAAGGGUUGGCUGAUGGUGGACAACAAUGGCUCUGCAUUGCCUUCCAUUCGGAUCCCUUUUGCUCCUGUUUCUGAUGUAGAAGUUGAUGCUGAUGAGGUUGUUUCAUUAAAAUCAUUUAAUUCAAGCAAAUCAGUUCCUUCUAGGACUAUGAUUAGCAAAAAACUAUUUGAUUUGAGUCAAGCGAAGACAGAUAAAACAACAGAUGAAAUGGAAAGUAGGGAGGAAAAUGAGGUGGAUGAGGUAUGGGAUGAAGCUGAAGAGAGGGAAGCAGAUGCUUGGAUAAGAAAGUGUGAUGAACUCGCUCAAAAAGAUAAUGAAACUGGCAGCUGCUUUACAGAGUCGGGCGGAUAUGAAACAGAAAGUUCUCAAGAAUAUUAUGAUGCAUGUUCUAAACUUUCGGCUUCAUCUUUUGAAAUUACACCGGAAAAUGACCGGAUGAUAGAAGACCGUUGUUGCUCAAGCAGCUUAGACUUCCUUGAGGCUGAAGAAAUCAAACACAAAAGUAAAAUGGUUUGUUAUUCUGAUGACAACAUAAGACAUAUUCUUGUUAGAAAGUGUGAUUCUGAAGAAAAUAAAAAUGGAUUCAAGCUGGCUAAAGCAGCCUUUCAGUUACAGGCUGCUGAUGAUUCUAAUGAAGCAAAUACCCAUACCUCAAAUCUUCUUAUUGAUUCACCAGUUUACAAUUCAGAACAAGAUGAGAUGACCGAAUUAACACGUACAAAACUUGUACUGGAUGAAACUGACUCCGCCAAUGAGUUUUUUAGUUCAGGCUCUUUGAAGGAAAGGUCCAGGGAUAUUUUUAAAGAAAAUUGCCAAGAUUCUUUCUUUUCUAGAAUUCCGGAAGAGUUUAUCUGUCCUCUGACCGGGCGGUUAUUUAAGGAGCCCGUGACAUUGGAGAGCGGGCAUACUUUCGAACUAGCGGCUAUCAAAACUAGAUUUAACCAAGGCAAUAGAACCUGUCCUAUAACUGGACAAACAUUGAAGUGUCCGCUUAUUCCCGAUACGAAUACGGUGUUAAAACACUUGAUCGAUGAGUGGCUCGCGAACUGCUUCAGAAACUCCAUUUCUGUUGCCUCACAAAGCACGUUCAGCACAUCGAAACCAGCUCGUAAUGACAGAUUUGGCUUGUCUUUAGUAAUCGUUGACCAGAUAUUGAGCGGUUUUAGCUUAAAGGAAGAGAAGGAGAACGUCAAACGUCUUAUUUUUUUAGGAGGUCUUCAAUUUCUUAUUAAAAUGUUGGAAGUGGGGAGUUUGGAAGAGAGAUCUCGUGUGGCUGAGCUUUUAGUUAAGUGUAUUCAGGCUCACGGAGGCUGUAGGAAUCACUUGGCAAUGAAAAUAAGCAAGUCUGCUGUGCUUAACCUCAUUCAUAGUAAGGAAGUUCGUGCAAGAGCCCGUGCUGUUUGGCUUUUGAUAGAAUUGAUCUGUUUGCACAGAAGGGUGGAUAGCUUGUCUUUCUUCAGUGCAUUGAAAACGGAGGAUAUUGAUAACACCAAGCGUGAGCUUCUUUUGUGCCUUCGGAGCUCUCUGCCUGAAGAAAGAGUGCUUAUUGCAGUUCUUCUUUUACAUCUUGAUCUUAUGGAUGAAUCCCGGAAGUAUAGUGUUUACAAAGAGGAGGCUGUGAAGUGCAUUGUGAAAGCGCUUGAGUGCUGUCUGUUCAGUAAGAAGUUUAUACCAAAUUGUCAAAGGGCCCUCCUCAUGCUCACCGGUCAUUUCUCCUUUACUGGGGAGAUGAUCAUUGAGUCUUGGCUGUUGAAGAAAGCUGGAUACAUUUGUAAAAGUUGCAAUGAUGAGGAUGAUCGAACAAUAUCAGAGGAAGAAUCAAAGAUGAAAGAAGAGUGGUUGAAGAGCAUGGCUUCGGUCCUUCUUCAUUAUGGAAAGAAGUCGUUCGAGAAGACUCUUUCCAAGUGUUGGAAGAACGGAGACCAAGAUCUGGCGAGAGUGUGCACUGUCACUGCCGCAUGGCUAAGCCAUGCGCUUCCUUCUCUGUCUGUUCCUGCAUUACAGCUCUCUGCUUUUUGGGCUUUCAUGCCAAGGCUGAAAGAAUGCUUGAAAAUUGAUCUGGAUAUUGAGCUCAAGGUGUUUGCUUCCUUCAGUUUUCUCAACUUCAGCAAGAUUUUGGAAUGUAGGAUCCCUCUCUUAACAUUUGCAGAUGAGAUCCAUGAUCCUCUCAAGCGCCUAAAACAGGUUACUUGGACGGCCAACCAUCUUUACAAUGCCAUCUUUGGUGAAAACUCAUGAUAUAUAUAUAUACAAACACACAAAUUCGUUCUGUAAAUUUAAAGCAUAGUUUUGCAAUGCAAAUAUGAAUAAAGAUACCAUUCAAAUAGCUUAUAGGACAGAUUGUAAGAUUCUUGUACACUGUAUAAUUUGUAUUCCGUCUUGUCUGUUUACGAGUUCAUAUCCAUUUUCACUUUUCUGGAUGUAUUUGUCACCAUGAUUUUCUUAGUGUAGUAAAAGG